UUGAAAUGUUUGUAAUUCUUAGAUGAGAGACCUAAGGAUUAUAAUCAUUAAUAUGUUUUAACAUAUUGUACUUUAUAAGAAAUUAGUUUUAAUUAAAAAAUGUUGGAUUGGCACAAAUUUAGAAAGUCUUUAUUUUUGAUAUUGGUUCUUUAGUACAGUUGAGAGAAAAGAUAAUGUAAAAUUAAAAUAAUGAAACAGUUUGUUUCAUAAUAACAUGGGCUCACAUUAUACAAUAGAAAAGUAUUGCAUUAAAUGCGAUAUGCACAAAAAUGUAAUCCUCCUGUUAUGGAAAUGGUUCAGGUAAUACCAGUGGACAAAUUAGUAAAAGGCCGCUUUCAAGACAAUUUUGAGUUUUUACAAUGGUUCAAAAAAUUCUUUGAUGCGAAUUAUGAUGGCCGCGAGUACGAUGCUUAUGAGGCUCGUGGCUGUAUACCAUUGGGUUCUGGUGUUGAUGGGACGCAUAACUUGUCAAAUCCUCAAUUGGUACCUUUACCUCCUCAAUCAAAGCAGAUGCAAAUGCAGCAAAAGCAUAUUCAACAACGUAAUAUUGUCCCCCGCCAACAGCAGGGUAUAGCAACAUCGUGUCAGUUCAUUAGUGUUGCUUUUGCAUGUCUUAUAUUGUUGUCUUCAUAGUUCAAGAAAGUAUUAUGCGCUGCAUAGAAAGUUACUCUGGCUGUGCGUAAUUGAACCAAUAAAGCAUUUCAUAUCUACAGUAAAGUAGGAAGCACUUUAUGCUUUUGCGACUUUAAUCACGUUUAUAUGUACAGAUACACAAAUUGAAACUCUAGCACAGUAUUUCUUAGUAUAUUGUUUGUUUAUUUCAAGUGUAAGUAGAAUAUUUUUGUUUUAUCAUCAUCUUUAAUUUUGUGUUAACACACGUAUCUCUUGCUUUUAAUUGCAGGAAAUAGUUCUCUAGUUUAGGUGAAUAUAAAUAUUGAACAUAUAAACACAUUUAUUUAUCACACCAAUUUAUAAAUACACUUCAGUAGGGGGCAAAAUAUAGAGGACGUAAUAUAAACUGGAUUUACUUGCUAGAUGCAAUGUUUAUAUACUUAGAACACCAUGAUUACUUAAUCCCUGUAACUUGAUAUCUUUGUUUACUGUAUCGAUUUCGUUAUUUUUAUAUAAUUCAAUAAGAAAGUUGUUGACAUUUACUGCUAAACAAUGUUUUAAUAGAUCACGUUUUGACUUUACUCGAUUUUCUGUAAUUUAUUAAGGUUUCAGUUUCUUUUUUCUUUUGUUCCACAUGCUUUUUU